CAUAACUUCGCAAAAGAAGCUGGAUAGCAUAAGUGCGUUUUACACAGUAUUCUGAUUCAGACAGAAACGGGAACAUAAGAAUACAAGGAAGCCAGUGGGUUACAUGGACAAUUUAGAUGCAAUAUUGAACAACAUUUGUAAUAACAUUUACAAUAACAGCAAAAAGACCCCCUAGGUCAACGGACGUCUAAACUUUCUUGAGAUAAACAUUACAUUUCCGUCACUUCUAUCGCAGAGUAAAGGUGUGUGCAGCAUUACCUGCCAAUUUCCUGCAAUAAUUCACAAAAUAACAAACAGGCGACUGCUUCAUCUGAUGUAUGGCACACAGCAAGACGGUGAAGUUGCACACGGAGUGGAAUUAAUGACCACCAGCUGCGGCGACAAACGCCCUGCCAUUGGAGUCUAACUGGAAUGCGGUGAGGAUUCUGUGUGAACCCAUCUGAAGCGCACGACAUAGCAGCAGCGCUCAGCAUACAAUCUGUAGCUAGCACGACAGAACGGACUGGGUAUCAUUCAUACAGCCUAACUUGACCAAAAGACUGUUUUGUUAUAUAGUGGUGGUGACAACAACAACAACAAGCUGGAUACACGGUGAACUGAACACUCAAUAAUACCUUUAAAUACUUUUUUGUUGUGUUUAUUUUUGUUGUAUUGUUAUAUAAACAGUUUUUCACGGUUUUUAUUUCAGAAAUAAUACAGAGAGGACAUUGGCAAAUAUUUAACUUGGCUCUACCAGGGAGUAUCAAACCGUGUAAUAACUGACAACAGAAUGCACAAGAAUUUGAAAAAUAAUAAACACGCUGUUUUUUUUUUUUUUUUUUUUUUUUUUUUUUUUUUACAUAGUCAAAACUGAGAAGAACUAAGUAUUUGUUUGUACAUAUAUUUACACAGUGACAAUAGUAGUACCACAUGGAGGUUAUUGCAUAUCCCCAGCCCGGAGAACUGCAGGAAAAAUAAUACGAUUCACACACACUGUGUGAAGCUGACGAUUUCAUUCCAAAACUGGGAACAUUAGAUAAACCUUCUGAAGAGCACAUAGAGGGCAACCGAAGCUAAGCAUCUUGCAAAUAUUAGACUGCUGAUAAACGAGUUUACGCUGAAUUUGUUUUUAAAAGCUCCAGUUCAAAGUUCAACAAAUCAAACGACAAACCGGGGCUUAUCCGCUGCAGUGUCGUGAUCUGGAAGUAUCCACUGCAUUAAUUACAGUACAAGAGCGAUAAUAUUGCCAAGAGAACAGGUUUACGAAAGUGAAGGGAACUCAAUACAGUUGUUAGUUGAUAAUAAGACAUUAUAUGACUGCAUACGAUUAGGAUCCCAAAUACCCAGAAAGAUCGCUGCAUAACACAUCUAAUAUUUACUGUAAGGUACGGAGCCAAGGCUGAACCUGCAUGGGUGAAGUCGAUUGCAAGAAAGUAUCGACUGAAAAUUAGAAAGAAAAAAAAAAUCCUGUCGGAAGAUAUCUGUCUUUUGGACUGCCGCAAGGUAGUGCAGUCGCCUCUGCCAUAAAUCUGUUUAGUUGAAGGAACAGACUACAUAUUCAAGAGAUUUAAACUCCACAAGAUGACCGUCCGGAGAAAGUAUUCCACCAGGCUGCUGCAGGUGCUUGCUUUGUGGAUUACAUUCCUCUCUGGAGCUGUGCCGGAUCAGUCUUGUGAUGCACUCAGCGUAUCAAGCAACAUCACAGGUCCAGCAUGCAAUUCAUCAAUAGAUUUGAUAGGGACCUGUUGGCCAAGAAGCAGUUCUGGCAAAAUUGUCUCCCGACCAUGUCCUGAAUAUUUCUAUGGAGUCAGAUACAACACUACAAAUAAUGUGUACAGAGAGUGCCUGACCAAUGGAACCUGGGCUGUAAAAGUCAACUAUUCCCAGUGCCAGGAAAUACUAAACGAAGAGAAAAAAAGCAAACUGCAUUACCAUAUAGCUGUCAUCAUAAAUUACAUGGGCCACUGCAUCUCCCUGGGAGCCCUUCUGGUUGCCUUCGUUCUUUUCAUGCGUCUAAGGAGUAUCAGAUGUCUGAGGAAUAUCAUUCACUGGAACCUGAUCACAGCUUUCAUUCUACGCAAUGCCACCUGGUUUGUUGUGCAGCUCACCAUGAAUCCAGAGGUUCAUGAGAGCAAUGUGAUCUGGUGUCGGCUAGUUACAGCCUCAUACAAUUAUUUCCAUGUGACAAAUUUCUUCUGGAUGUUUGGAGAAGGCUGUUAUCUUCAUACUGCCAUCGUCCUGACCUACUCUACUGACAAGCUUAGGAAAUGGAUGUUUAUCUGUAUCGGCUGGUGUAUCCCUUUCCCAAUCAUUGUUGCGUGGGCCAUUGGGAAGCUUUAUUAUGACAAUGAAAAGUGCUGGUUUGGGAAGCGGGCUGGCGUUCACACAGACUAUAUCUACCAGGGGCCAAUGAUUCUGGUACUGCUGAUCAAUUUCAUUUUUCUCUUCAACAUUGUGAGAAUUCUCAUGACAAAACUUCGCGCCUCAACUACAUCUGAAACAAUACAAUACAGGAAAGCUGUGAAGGCAACGCUCGUGUUGCUACCCCUCCUCGGGAUCACGUACAUGUUGUUCUUUGUCAACCCAGGAGAAGAUGAGAUUUCACAGAUCGUAUUUAUAUAUUUCAACUCGUUUCUGGAGUCAUUUCAGGGCUUUUUUGUCUCUGUGUUUUACUGCUUCUUGAACAGCGAGGUGCGAUCUGCGGUGAGGAAAAGAUGGCACCGCUGGCAGGACAAACACUCGAUCAGGGCCCGAGUGGCUCGAGCCAUGUCCAUCCCAACCUCUCCAACUCGGGUGAGCUUUCACAGCAUCAAGCAGUCCACAGCUGUGUGAUGGGAGGGCAGCGUCAAGACAGCCGGAAACUCUAAGCUAACCAGGGAACACACAAUGGUGCAAACAGGGUACAAGAAAACAACAUCACAAAGUGGAGACACAAACACAGGAAUGGAAUGUGCCUUCCUGAUCUGUAGAAAACAACAGCAAGCAUUUCUCAGAGAGUGAGAGAGGGUGGUGGAUUCAUGCCACCAAAGACACACUAAUGUAAAAAGAGAAAGAAAGAAAAAGUCCCAAAUUAUCAGAUUUUUACUAUAAAUAGCUUUUAAAAAAGGGGGCUUUUUCUUUCUGUAUGUGACUUUAUUAUAGCUUUUAUCAAGAUUUUCUACAGAACAUACAGAGCUUUUUGGUUGUGUUUGUGGCUUUUUAUUUUAAAUGCAGCUAUAGCUUAAAGGUAAUCAAUAAUCCUCUUAGUUCUGAAUCUAUAUUUCUAUAAAAAAGAGAAAAUGGAGGGCACUUGAAAGCUAUAAAUAAAACUGAGCAUGCAGAAAAUGAGCUGAAGAAACAUUUUGGCAGGUCUGUCUUGAUUUGAAAAGAUAUCCAGGUACAGGUUGAUGCCUCACCACUUUGAGUCCCCCUCCACCCCUGUUUUAUACAGUUAUUUUUCAAACCAGUUCUUUAUUCUUCAAGUACCUAAAUCAGUAAUACUCAGCACUUCUAUUUUAUUUUAGAGAAUAGCAGCUCAAAGAGGGAAGUCCACACAUUGCUGUUGCUGUGGUCCUAAUAACAUGAGCAAUAUUACAGGUUUGAUUGAUCAGUAUUUAAAAAAAAAAAAAAAAAUACUAUUUGAAAAAUAGUUUGAGUAAGUUAAUUCAGUCAGCUCUGAUGGUGCAUGAAAAUGUAUUGCUUAGCGGUGAACACUAAAAUCAUUUGUAUAAUAUAUAUUAUCUGGCUUUCCAGAAACUAGACAUUUCCUGCUGGUUUGUGGUAAUAAUUUUGCCUUAGCACUGCAGACUCGUAUACAGGAAAGAUAAUAUCACUCAAAACAGCAGUUAAAUAAUAUAGUUUGAAUAAACAAACAUGACAAAGGGUACAUUGAAAGCAGUCGCAAAAUUAGUGAUUUAGUUGAAGUCAGUCUUAGAGUGGAGGCGGCACUUGGCUGACCUUUUUUUUAUCAAAAUCCAGACCCUCAAAACAAGGAAAGCACUUGUCAAAUAUCAACUAUAACUAGCGGACGGGUUUAGUAUCUCAGAUUGCAACUACUUGUACACUUGAUGAGCCCUGUAGUUAUUGCUUAGUUAUGGUACUAUUUGAUUACAGUAGUCCUCUUAGUUACAUAGUGCUGAAAGAGUUAGUCAGUAUUGCAGGUGAACUCCUUGAAUCUGAAUUACUGAAUUACAAACAGAUUUUGUUUUGUAACAAGUUCUGGUUUGGAGACACCCCCAAGCUGGGAUAAGAGAAAGUUUGUACAAAUGGUGAUAAACCUUUUGUACAAUUUCAUUUUUUAACAUAUCAAUUGUUCUAUUGAAGAAAGGGUGAUUUAAUAUCCAUUUUCUUACCUCAAUCACGCCAUAACCACUUUCCUUUAUUGUUUUCUGGGUCACAAGGUCCAAUUUCAGUACAGAAUAGGAGUGAAUCUGAAACACAACAGAGGAAGUAAUUAAGCACCAGCGAGCAUUAGACGCAUUUAGUCUGUUCAGCAGUUUCUCUGCUUAAGUGUUUAAAAAAAGAAUUAACUAUCUUUAGCACAAGAAAAUGGGGGCAAUAAAAAGUUGUUAAUACAAAUAGGUUGUGAUUUGUAUUAAAUGUGUAUUUGUGCACUUUUUUCAUUGUAGCAGCAUUUUCUUGAAUAUGAAUACUUUUUUUUUUUCUUCUCAUGAACCAAAAUACAGUAGUCUCCAGCUAAGAACACCCCUCGGGAAGCAAGCGAAGUGUUUUCUUAUCCGUAACAGGCAAAGUGACGGACUAACUGUCAGACUAAAUUAACACAGCACCCCUACACACAUUAAAAAAUGCAGCAGCAGCUGUAGAUUAAUUAUGAAUACA